AUGUGCGACAAGAUUCGGAGUUUCGCUUUCGUCCCUCCAGCUGCUCGGCGCAAUUCGAACCUUCCAGCUCGAGCACCCCUCACAACACAGCUGAUACUAGAGAUGCAGAAUUUCAUUUCUGCAGCUGUUGUUUUGAGUGUCUGUUUUGUGCUUCUCUUCGCUCCAACAGCAGUUUUUGCUCAGAACUGCUCCUGUUCCCCAGCCAACAUGACGAUCAAGGCUGUUGUGGUUCUUACCGGCUCCGAGGGUGUCAAUGGCACUGUCACCUUUGAGCAGCUCGAAUCUGGCUCGACUGUGGUGAACGGCAAGAUCACUGGCCUCAAGCCCGGGCUUCACGGAUUUCACGUGCACGCCCUGGGUGACACCACGAACGGCUGCAUGUCCACAGGCCCGCACUUUAAUCCGGCGAACAAAACUCACGGAGCUCCGGAAGACGAGGAGAGGCACGCGGGAGACCUUGGGAAUGUCGUUGCUGAUGAGACUGGGGUUGCGGAGUUCACCAUUACAGACUCUCAGAUCCCACUGUCUGGCCCUAACUCUAUCAUUGGUCGUGCUGUUGUCGUGCAUGCUGACGUCGACGACCUCGGCAAGGGUGGCCACGAGCUCAGCAAAACCACUGGGAAUGCUGGAGGCAGGCUUGCGUGCGGCGUCAUUGGCUUCCAAGCAGCAGCUUGA